ACUCCUCUUCACCUGGCAGUGAUCACCGACCAGCCUGAAAUUGCCGAGCAUCUUCUGAAGGCCGGAUGCGACCUGGAAAUCAGGGACUUCCGAGGAAACACCCCCCUGCACAUUGCCUGCCAACAGGGCUCCCUCAGGAGCGUCAGCGUCCUCACGCAGUACUGCCAGCCGCAACACCUCCUCGCUGUCCUGCAGGCCACCAACUACAACGGACAUACAUGUCUCCAUUUGGCAUCUAUUCAAGGAUACCUGGCUAUUGUCGAAUACUUGCUGUCCUUGGGAGCAGAUGUAAAUGCUCAGGAGCCGUGCAAUGGCAGAACGGCACUGCAUUUGGCUGUUGACUUGCAGAAUUCAGACCUGGUGUCGCUUCUGGUGAAACACGGGGCGGACGUGAACAAAGUGACCUACCAGGGCUAUUCCCCCUACCAGCUCACGUGGGGAAGAGACAACUCCAGCAUACAGGAACAGCUGAAGCAGCUGACCACAGCCGACCUGCAGAUGUUGCCAGAAAGUGAGGACGAGGAGAGCAGUGAAUCGGAGCCUGAGUUCACAGAGGAUGAACUUAUAUAUGAUGACUGCCUUAUUGGAGGACGACAGCUGGCAUUUUAAAGCAGAGCUUUCUGUGAAAAGAAGUGACUGUGUACAUAUGUAUAGAAAAAGGACUGACUUUCUUCAUUUAAAAAGAAAGUCGCAACAUGGAGGGAAAAACCAGGAGGGAAAUACUACACUGCCCAGCAAGGAGCACGUAAUUGUAACAGGACGGUUCCAGGUUCCGGCCUGUGUUUAAAUGCAGGAGCGGGAUGUGUAACAUCAGUAGAGAGCUGUGAUUAUUCACACCACCUGAUAAAGAGCCACAUAGCCAAUCUUCUCAACCCUACGAAGGUAACAGACUACACAUCCAACCUGCUAGUUAGAGAGAGCUGACUUGUGGCAUUAAGUACCACGGGGAACGCGUGUCCUCUCGUGGGAAGGCAGGUUCAUACCAACACCCCAUCUUCUCAGAGACUGUGUGUUAAUUUGUGUUGGGCUGGUGGUGCUCACUGGCCUUACUGACCGACCUCGGCUGCUCUCAGCGGGGUGUCCCAGGCGGAGGAGUCAGACCAAGGGACUGGUGACCCUGCUGUUAGGAGAAAGGUAGCAAUAAUGUUAACUGUGGGCAUUGGAAACAGUGUGUUUCACACCAUGUGUGUCAUAAUUGCUACACUUUUUAGCAAUUGUAUAUUGUGUAAAUA